ACGCGCGAGGCGAAUUGCGCUCCGUUGGUUUACUCGGUCAUCGAUCGAUGGACAGAACUGGGGACCCUGAGUCCCGACCUGAUGUGACCUGACCAGCGCGGGCGGAAGGAAGAAAGAGAGAAAGUGACAGAGAUUGAAAUGUGGCGAGGGCAGACAGCAAACAAACAAGUGGAUCGACUGGAAAUAGGCUCGGAAAAAAGACUGGUGUGAUUGUUGGAGGUGGUGACGAAAUGGAUUCGCCUUGCGCGGGACGGGUGUGACUCGGUUGUGAGGGCGGUGUCGGACUGAAUUCUUGUCGAUCAAGCUCUGCAGUCGAUUUUACUGAAUCCGAGGUGGCUUGGUAUUCCUUUGGCGGAAGGAAGGAAGGAAAGCAGGAAGAAAAGAAGGCAGCGAGUGAAACGUACGACGUGGGAGACAAUGACGCUUGAAUGAACGAAAGGAAGAGACGGUCUUCGAAGUGGAAAGGCAGGAGAGCCUCGUGCGGGAGGGUUCGAUGGCUCUGAAAAUGGGCAGCCCUCAGCUGCUGUACAGUCUGGGCCACUCUGAUUUCGCCAAAUUAGCCUUCUGCAUCGUGGGUGUCAUGUCCACCCUAGUCCUCUAUGGGCUUCUACAGGAAAGGAUCAUGAGUGCACCUUAUGGCGCGGAGAAAGAGUAUUUUAGAUACUCUCUGUUUAUUGUACUGUGCAACAGAGUUUUAACCUCAAUUGCUACUGCAACAAUUGUUCUGGUCAAGGGGAGGGACAUUGCUCCGGUUGCACCAGUGUACAAGUAUGGAGCGGUUUCCAUCUCCAACGUCCUUUCAACAACUUGUCAGUAUGAGGCUUUGAAACAUGUAAGUUUCCCAGUGCAAACGCUUGGAAAAUGUGCGAAGAUGUUACCCGUAAUGGUCUGGGGCACAUUUAUCAUGCAAAAGAGAUACAACCGGCACGAUUACAUUGUAGCCGCCUCGGUUACCGUAGGAUGUGCAGUUUUCUUUCUAACUUCGGCAUCAGCACCCUUGAAACGAGACUCUGAAAACAAUCUGUGGGGUAUUCUUCUCAUGACAGGCUAUUUGGGAUUUGACGGAUUCACCAGCACGUUUCAGGACAAGUUAUUCAAGGGAUACAAUAUGGAUAUCUUCAAUCAGAUAUUCUAUGUUACCCUCUGCUCUGGGGUUCUGAGUAUCACUGGGCUACUUCUCCAAGGACAAUGGUUGCUGGCAAUUAAUUUUGUAAUUCGCCAUCCAAAAUGUAUGUACGACAUACUUCUUCUAUCCUGUGCUGCUACUACCAGCCAAUUUUUCAUUUCAUACACCAUCCGGACAUUUGGUGCUCUCAUUUUCGCCACUCUAAUGACCACUAGACAGCUUAUCAGCAUCUUUUUGUCUUGUUUGCUGUUUGCUCAUCCCCUUACAGUGCAACAAUGGGGAGCAGCGAUUGUUGUUUUCAGUGCUCUUUACUUCAAGUCCUAUAUCAAUGCUCAUAAAAAGGACGACAACCGAGAUCGUUCCUGGCAAAAUUCAAGAGAGCAAGACAAGACUGAGCAAUUUCCUUUGAUGAAUAGAGUUGUAGAUAUAGAUGGGGUUAGACAGGAAGAUAUUGAUGGCAGGAAAUCUGAGACGUAAUGAGUUCAAAGAAAGCCUCAAAUAUAUCGUUUCAAUACUUGCCAAUCCUCACAUGAAAUUGAAGAGUUGUUUAAGAAAGCAAGCAGUGGUUUGCAGCCGAGUUAUACUUCCUACCACAAAGACACCCAUCCAGGAUCCAAAUAUAUCGAUCGAGGCUUGAAAUGAGUUCGGCAGUUGGGUAACUUGGCAGGAUCUUCAGCUGAAUUUCUAACAAGGACCACUACAUUUGGCUUCACGUCUGAUCUCCCAGAAGCUCACGGGAGAGAGUACACCUACAAGGAAUCGCAUCCAGCUUAAACGAAUGAACCUGACGUAUUCCAUCAAGGCUCGAAGGGAUCAUCUGAUGGAUUCCUCGUGUCAGUCUGUGCAACGCCAGUUUUGGCGCAAGGUGGUGUCAACUGCCCACCAGACAUGGCCGCUUGGUUCUGAGUAGAGCAACGACAGGGUUGUAGGAUGUAGGUGGACGGCAAACUGUCAGGGAAGGCAAAGAUUCCGGUGUGUCCAGGUGUGACCACCCCAUCUGUCCUGGACAAGGGACGAAAGUGAACAAAAGCUUCCUUCGAGCACAGCGCAAAGAUGCUCCCUGAUUUAUAUGGCGUCAGCAGUGUACUGUAGUGUCAAACGGAAACCGUGAAACAUUUUACAUUUAACGUAGGGGUUACAGUGGUAGUCUAUCACACACAGAGAGGAGGAGAAGAGGGCAAAAUCGGUCAGUCUUCGAGAUAUGGAAUGACGGUUAGUCCAAGGGUCGAAAAGAAAUCGACCAAAACAGGACGGAAGUACAAACCACGGGACCAAAUUUUCGCGGAGGCUGUCUCUUGGGAAAUGACUAUUUCAUGCCCGAGCUGCAUUCAAAUGUGUUCUCGACGACAGAGUGGACUCUUGUGCACUUCUCUCAGUCUCUCAGUUUUAUCACUCAUUGUGAAUUAUUGGAAUGACAUGGCGGCCAUAUCGACUGGCAUGUAAUCCGCGAAAGAAACUGAUCAAUACGGGACAGCCUGUUCGAACGAGUGAGCUUGAAACGACCACCCUGAGAACGUUCCAGUAACAGCUUUAUAUAGCUUUCUGGACCCCCUUCUCCAGGUCGAGCAAAUCGAGCUCAUUACUCGCACUCAUCUCCGAGGAAUGUCACUGGAC